CGUGGGUCCGAUUUACAGAGGUGCGCGUAACUAUAGGUGACGUAAAAUUGUUUUUUCGUUGAUUGCUAGAAAACUACACACAUUUGUGUUGGACCUGCUCCUGAGUUGGGAUGAGAAGUGUAUUUCGGCCAAUUCGCGGGUCCGAAUGCUAGGAGUGGUAAAAUCGUGUGAAAAUUAGAACAAGUUUAGCGUCGGAAAGAUCGUUGCUAGGACAAUCAGUUUGCGGUUAUUGUGUUUCGGCCAUCGUGACCAAGUUGGCGUCAGUGUUCGCCAUCGCAAUUUGAGGAGUGUCAUUGAACUUUAAAAUGCCGAAAGCAUCGAAAGAAGCAGAAAAAAUGGUGCCGUGGAUAAGAAUUUACCAAGAUCGAUUGGCAGGUCUAGAGCAAUUUGAAGAAUUUAUGGAUAAUUAUGUGGAUGCACAACGUGGUGAAUUAAGUAGUCAGCUUUUGUCCUUGGAAGAGGCAAAAAAGACUUUUGAAAGUGUGCGGGAAAAGUUGUUAUUGGAGUAUGAUGAGUGUGAUGAGGUACAGUUAAGAAGUGAGAGGAAGGAGUUUCAAAGAAAGUAUCACAAAGUGAAAGGUUUUCUGUUAGAAAAACAAGGACGAGAUGAAAGUGUACGACCGAUCGCGAACAGUACUAUGACGAACACAAUAUUUUCGAGUUCACAAGUGCGUUUACCGAAAAUAGAGCUUCCUACGUUUAGUGGUGAUAUUACGCAAUGGAUGAGUUUUAAGGAUCGUUUCGAAUCGAUGGUGCACGAGGUAGUGGAGUUGUCUGAAGUUAUGAAGCUGCAAUAUUUACUGGCGUCGCUGAGAGGAGAUGUAGCUCGACAAUUUGAACAUGUUCAACUUGUGGGGGAGAACUAUUCGAGUACAUGGAAGGCGCUUUUGAAGCGUUUCGAUGAUGAAAAGAAGCUGAAGCGCGAGUAUUUUAAGGCGCUCAUGGAUCUUCAACCAAUGGCAGCAGCAACACCCGAAGAGUUGACUCGAAUCGUGAAUGAAUCUCGACGGUUGGUGCGGGGAAUGGAACGACUAAAGGAGCCAGUAUCAAAAUGGGCUACACCUUUAACAAGUCUGGUAAGAUGCAAAAUUCAUCAGGAUACGUUAAUGGCAUACGAAAUCUUUGCAGCUGACACGGAAGACAAUUUUGAUGACCUGAUGGAAUUCUGUGAAAAGAGGAUAAAGAUUUUGAACAACACCGUUACCGAUGGGACAAACAGAAUAUCUACAAAAGCAGCUAAUGAACCCAUUUCAAGUCGUGCAGAGAACAACGGGCAGAGAAAGAAGGGAACGAAACCGAACGCAACUUUAGUAUGUGCGAGCCAAGCACACAAAGCCGUUACAAAAUGUUGCAUUGUAUGCCAGGGUGAUCAUCCAGUAGCAAGGUGUCCAUCAUUUGAGCGGCUCUCAGGAAUAGAACGCCAGGAAGUAGUCAAAAAGAAUGCACUAUGUUUCAAUUGCUUGACCAAAAAUCAUCGAUCUAUUUUCUGCCGUUCAUCAACAAGAUGUGAGAAGUGCAAGGGACGUCAUCAUAUGUUAUUAUGUAAUCGUAUUGCCUUUCCAACCCCACCAAGUCGAGAAGAAACUAUAAACGCUACAACGCAUGUAAAAGCUGCCAAGGAGCAGAUGGUCUGGUUGUCGACAGCACGAGUUUUAGUGUGCAAUGAACAUGGCGAGGAGAUGAUUGCUAGAGCAUUAUUAGAUCAAGGUUCCCAGUCAAAUUUUAUCAGUGAGCAAUUAGUGCAGCAGUUGAGACUGAGAAAACGACGACUUGCAAGACCAUUAUCGGGAAUCGCAGCAGUAGAAGUAAGGGCUGUAUCCGUUGUGACAGCAAUCGUCAAGUCACGUGUAGCUGAGUUUGCCGCAACGCUUGAUUGUUUGGUACUACCAAAGGUGACAUCGGAUUUUCCUUUUCGCACGAAAAACACGGAAAGGUGGAAUAUGCCGGUAGGAGUAACGUUAGCAGAUCCAGCAUUUUUCCGUAGUGAUAAGAUUGAUAUGCUGAUUGGAGGAGAGCUGUUUGCUGAGCUGUUACAACAAGGGCAGUUACGUAUUGCCCCACAUUUGCCUAAGUUACUGGAGACGAGCUUUGGUUGGAUAGUCAGCGGUAAAGAAGAGAAUCAGCAUGAUACCAGUAUGAGCAACCAGAUGGCAUGUUCCUGCAUCAAUGAAGAAGAAGACUUGAGCAGCUUGUUGGAGAAACUGCUCAGUCCACCGUCAACCAUCAUGUCCAGUGGUGAAAGUGACGCCAGUGAACCAGCAAACGUUAGUGCUGCCCCGACGAUGAGCUCCCAGGAGACGGCCGCCGCGAGCGUAAUGCUGACCGAUUCCGAAAACACAAACAACGAGAACCGUGUCAUAGAGAUGGAAUCCAAUCCGAGCUCGGGAGACACCGAAGCGCAGACUGCUCCUUCAUCGAGUGCAAUGGAACCGGCGGAAGCACCUGUGGCCGUGAGUGAGCUCCCCGCAGAGCGAAAGGAUGAUGAUGAGACGGGGCCGUCCCCAAAAGAAGCUGCCGGCACGGCAGAUGUACCCACCGGGGAGAAGGAUCAGUAUGCGGAGCAUGUAACGUACAACGAGGCAGGUGAAGCCAUCUACACCGAUCCGGCGACAAAGUACCAGUACCGGUGGAGCAAGGAAAAAAGUGAAUGGGUUCCACGGGAGGAGUCGGGCAAGGCGGGUGAAACACCCGCGGAUAAUCCGUACGAGAACGAACACUAUCGGUGGUGUCACGAGAAGAAGGAAUGGAUACCGAAGCAGCAAAAUGUGACCGAAACGGAGCACUAUCGGUGGGACGAGAAGGCAGCGAAAUGGGUCCCGAAGGAGCGUCCAGCUGGUGCGGGGGAAGGUGAUGAUCGUAGCUACGGGUACGAGGACGGUGUGCACACGUACAAGGAUAAGGAUGGUGCGGUGUACUUUUGGGACGAAGAGCGGAAAGCCUGGUUCCCCAAGGUGGAUGAUGAGUUUAUGGCCAUAUAUCAACUGAACUACGGGUUCAUCGACAAUACGUCCGGUGGAAGUGGACCGGCGGCGGCGGCACCUGCCCCAGCUCGGGUAGUGAGUGAACCGUCUGGUAGGGAAUUGUCCGGAUGCGACGAGGACGAUGACGCUGAUGAGCAGGGCGAGGAAGCGCAACGGGUAGCAGCAGCAGCAGCAGCAAAGGGCAAGAAACGGAAAGCUCCCCCGGAACCACCGAAAUGGUUCGAAAUCGCACCGGAGCAUAACACGAAGGUGUAUGUGUCAAACCUGCCGACGGACAUUAGCGAGGAAGAGUUCGGGGAGUUAAUGUCCAAGUGUGGCAUGGUGAUGAAGGACCCAAAGACGCACAAGCUGAAGCUGAAGCUGUACCGUGAGCCGGACGGAACGCUCAAGGGCGAUGGGCUGUGUCACUACAUUAAGAUCGAGUCCGUCGAUUUGGCGCUGAAAAUUCUCGACAACUACGAUGUGCGCGGCCACAAGAUCAAAGUGCAGCGGGCCGAGUUCCAGAUGCGGGGCGAAUACAACCCAACGCUCAAGCCAAAAAUGCGCAAAAAGGAGAAGGAGCGGCUGAAGAAGAUGCAGGAAUCGCUGUUUGACUGGCGCCCGGAAAAGAUGCGUGGCGAGCGGUCGAAGCACGAGCGUAUCGUCAUCAUCAAGAACCUGUUCGAGCCGGAGCUGUUCGAUCGCGAGGUCCAUCUGCUGCUCGAGUACCAGAACGAUCUGCGCGAGGAGUGCGGCAAGUGUGGCACCGUGCGCCGCGUGCUGCUGUACGACCGGCACCCGGAAGGGGUGGCCCAGGUGACGAUGGGCGACCCGGAGGAAGCGGACCUGGUGGUGCAGAUGAUGAAUGGGCGCUUCUUCGGGCAGCGAAAGCUGACGGCAGCGAUCUGGGACGGGCGGACAAAGUACCGAAUUGCCGAAACUGAUGCCGACAUUGACAAGCGCCGCGGCAACUGGGAACAGUACCUCGAAACGGAGGAAACUGCUGCCGAGAAGGAGAAGGACACAGGAGAGGCUUCGCCGCCUUCCAGUGUAGAAGGAACCACCGAAACUGUCCCAGCGGGUGACACAGAAUCAGAAACACCGGAAAUGAAGUCCUGCGACGACCAGGAAGAGCAACAUCCGGGCGUGAAAGUUGCCGAUACGGAGAAGGAAGCCGAGAAGGACCAUGAUGAAAGUGAAGAGGAUAAAGAUGUGAAGCAGAAGGAAGGAGAGGCUGACGAGGAGGAGGAACCAGAGGAUUAGCCAUCCAGUUUAGAUGUGGCGAUCGAUUGUAAUUGAUUUAGAGAACGUUGAAUUCGACGACCCAACUCGGAUUUCGAGAAAAUAAAACGGAUCUCGAAUUGUAAAGCGGGAGAAGCAA